AUGACCGACUAUCUAAGGCCGUCGUUCUCGACGGCGACAACUACUGCGCCAACAAAAUCUCGGAGAUACUCUCAGUACUCGGUUGCUUCUGAAGAGCCAGUGGUUGAGGAACAGCAAAAAUCGAGUUUCAAUCCGUUUAAAGCUAUCAAGAAGAUGGUCAAGAGUGCGUUUGGGUCAUCGUCGUCAAAGAAGAAUCAGAAACUAAAACGACGAAAUAGUAUGUCUGGCACUGCACUCCGUCGAACUGAUACUGCAGUGUCUUAUCAAUCGACCAACUCAGCCUAUUCAUACGCUCCUUCUAUUGUCGACCAGCUGUUCUUGCCUCGUUAUAUCACCCCUGUUCAGUCGACGGGGGCUGGCGGCGGGGGUGCAGGUGCGGCGAGCGGCUCAAUGUCCAAACCCAGCUACUUAUUCCCAACUGGGACGAAUAAUUCGAAAAAUAUUUAUUCACCACCUAUAACGCCAAGUGGAACUCGAAGUUCUUAUGGCGGUGGGGAAAGAAGAGAAAGUGAGGGUUAUUUUGUGAACGACUACCAUCAACAAAUGGCUACUAACUCGAAUGUCGGCACUCCUUUAGUAUCGCCAUCUGCCCCAGUCAAGUCUGAUAAUGCUACUGGAAAUGCUGCAUCUGUAAAUGGAUCUGUAGUUCCCAGUGCCGCUGCUGGUACCGAUCCAUCAGCUGUUUCUACUACUGCAUCCGCUACUGCUACUACUACUGCUGCUGCCACUGUCACUGCUGAUACUGGCACUACUGCUGCCACUGGAGUCGAAUCAACUGCUACGGCCACUGCUGAUGCUGAUGAGAAUGCUGAUGUUAAUGCUAAUGCUAAUGCAAAAGACCUGACAGCAUCAACCAUAGACAAACAAAUUCAUGACCAUAAAGGAAAAGAGACCAAAGUACGGGAAGAGUUAGAAGACGACGAAGACGAGUCAAACAUGCCCAGUUCUAAAGAAGCUGCUCGUGAUCAGGAAACCACCGAGUCCACCUCUAAACCUCCUGUGAAUCCUGCUACUGCUGUUUCUGCUGCCGAUACAAACAACAAUGCUGUCGCUAAUAACCAAACUGCUGCUGCUGGCUCUACAGGGCCAGCAGUCGACGGAAACAGUGGAGCUCCAGGAGUUGCCGCCAAUGGAACUGUCAUCUCAGAUGUUAAACGAGGCCCCGUUACAACCUCCUCGCGACCACCACUUACGACGUCGCAAACCGCACCAGCAGCAAUAGAGACUGCUGCUGACAGUGAUGGCGAGUUCCGGACCGACGACGAAGCUGAAGAAGAAGAAGAACGCAUUAACCCCGGAUAUAAAGAAUGGAAACGGAUUCGCCGCGAGUGGACGAAAGGAUCGGACCAGAUUGUUCACCGAGAAAGUGCGCUUGUCAACGUGCCUCAGUCGAUGUACCCUAAAAUAUACCAGUGUCUGGUGCAACAAGCACGUCCUCUGCGGCAACCUCUUAAUCUCGCUGACGCUCUCAAAGUCAUCAAAGCUGGCUGGGUCUCUGACGGUCAAUGGGAGGCUGCUGCUGCCGCCUCGCGGUCUGCUGUGGCCGCCAUGGCCGCCUCUCAACCGAAACCGACCCACCGUCCUGUCUACGGCAUCAAAAUCACUUAG